AUCCUUCAACAUCUUCUGCUUGCUUGUUGACGUCAGAAAACAAUAGCCCGUUGAUUGAAACCAUUGAGCGCAUAAUUCCUAUAUUGGUGUGCUAAAUACCUGAAAUUUUUCAGUUUUUAUUGCUUUGGUACUGAAACGAGACGAUCACGUUCUUUACUUUCGGUUGGCAAUUUUAUUUGGAGCUGUCAAGUUAUGAUUUAGCUUGGAGUAAUGUUCACCUAACCUCUAUAUCCGAGGCUGACUUCGUACAUUUUAAAUUCAAGCCAGUGUCUCAUUAUGUCUGAUAAUUUAGAGAAUAAUCCGUUUUUUGGCCUCUUCGGAUCUGUGAAAGAUGCAAAUUCUUUUACCCAUCAGAAUGAUGAUAAUGGAAGCUCUUCAAACAGUGAUAACUCAGAAUCAAAAACCACUCAAGAGGAAACAAGAACCUGUGAAGAAAACCCUAGACAAAAAGCUGUGAAUGCUUUGAUUGAAGAUGUGUUUUGCAUAACUGUUUCAAAGAGAGUCCUCUCUCAACCAUUGAUUUUGGUGGAAGAAACAGCUGCGUCAAUAGAACCAUCAGACAAACUUGAUGUAAAUUCCUUAGAGCAAGCUCUUUUUGAACGUUUGUUGCUGGAAGAACCAGCAAACCACGUCAUAAAGCCCUCAACUUUAGGGAAUUCAGCCGUAAAUCAUCAUGUCAUUGAAAAGGACGUACUCUCAUAUUUGUUUGAAUGCCAUAAGCAAUUAAUGGAUAUGAAGAGAUGGAAGCCAGAUCUUGAGGAAGACAUUUCUAGCAUGGAUCUCCUUGUCAUUCGAAACUUUGCAACUGCUCUCACCCAACCAGAACUAUAUGGAACACAGCGUUUACAUAUUCAAUUCUUAGAUAUGUUCAAUGAUUACGAUAAUGCGAUGGAUCACCUGAGUUCUCUGAUUUCUUCCCUUGUUGAUAUGAUAAUUAGUGACGAAGGUGUUGAAGCAGGAUCAUGUUCUUUGGCCAGGGCACUAAAACCAGUUCUUGAUGAAGUCAAAGAUAGAGCCAAGAACAGCAGCCUUUUAACACUCAACCGUUAUCACAUGCACCUUAUUAAAUAUUUUUCCUCAAUUCCAGUUCUAGGUGAUAUAUUACUACAACACAGUACCCCAAGAGAUGGGGAAGGUGUCGUCUAUGCAGACACACUAUUUGGAGCUAUCUUGUCAACGUCAUGCCUGCCAAGGACUGGUAUCACAUAUCAACCCUCUGAGCAGUUCCAAUUUGAUCGCAGUAUGGAGUCUGGAUUUUGGACUGGACUAAAUUUCAUAUGUGAUUCUAUGCACACAGUCUUUUUUAACCUUUUCAAAAAUUCUAUGACAUCUCGACAUGCUUUACUUUUGUGGAUUGGCAAAUGCUUACAUGCUAAUGCUAAACGAGGAAAGCUUUCCAACAGCCAUGAGAAUGAACUUUCAGCGUUUGUUGCUCUUUCUACUGUAUCUGAUGGAUUUAUGAUGAACCUAGGUGGAGUGCUACUACGCCUCUGCAAACCAUUUGCAGGCAAACCAUUGGCAUUUGCCAAAUUGCUUAGAGUUGAUCCAACAUAUUGCACUGUCCAGGUUCAAGAUGAAACAGAAGCAAAUGAAAGAUGGGUGCACAUGAGAGGAAUGUCAUCAGAAACAUGUCUCAUUUCUUUGAGUGGGAAUGAUGAUGGUCAACCUACAGAGCGUCCAUCUGCCCCCUCAUUUAAUUUUGUAACAGAAAUGUUUUUCAUGACACACAGGGCAUUAGAUUUAGGUAUGCGGGUUGUCUUUGGAAAGUGGAUGCAACUCAAUCAAGAGUUGGUUAGGGACCAAAGACGCUUAGAGCAAACUCAAGCUAGGUCACCAGAAGCUGCUCAGACAUUUCGUCAAAUUUUGGAUUCCAACAUGACAAGAUCAUUUGCCAUGAGAGCUACCCUACUGGAGCCAGGCACAGUAUCUUUGCUUGGCGAAUUUUUUGUAGCCUCAGCUGAAUGGUUGGUUCAAGUUGCUAUUCAGCCUCCAAGAAUAGAAGGAUCUGCAAGCUAUGCUCCUUUAGAACGCCGUAAUUUGUCUUUCCCAUUGCCGGACUUUGUUCCUCCAACUUUGAGCUGUGUCCCUGAGUUUUUGGUAGAAAAUAUUGCUUGCUAUCAGAGUAUGGUCCGUCGCUUUGCUCCUGAAACACUUGAGCAAAAUGGAACAGAUUUCCUUGUGCCUCUUCUUAGCCAAGUCCUGGUGUUUAUGGGGUGUAAACAAAGAAUGCGAAACCCACAUUUAAGAGCUCGCCUUGCUGAAUGUUUGGAGUCUCUCCUACCUCACAGUGAUAGUGUAGCCCCUGGUCAUCCUGCUCAACCCUCAAGCAUCAAUCGUGAGAAUCUUUUUAGAAACCACCCUCACCGAGCUCAGAUUGUUCCAUGUCUACUCGAUGUAUUUGUUGGGAUUGAAGUCACUGGAGAAAGUGUUGCAUUUGAACAGAAGUUUAACUAUAGAAGGCCUAUGUAUGUAGCUAUGGACUAUUUAUGGACUCUUCAAGAGCAAAAAAAAGUGUUUAAUGAGCUCGCUGUUUAUGCUGAGGCUAAUAUGGGGGCUGUCCAACCUCCAUUAUUUCUUCGCUUCAUCAAUCUCCUCAUGAAUGAUGCAAUCUUUCUCUUAGAUGAGGCUCUAGAUAAUAUGGCUCUUUUGAGAAAUAUGCAGAAUGCAAGAACUAAUGGAGAAUGGGAUAGAUUAAGCCCAACUGAAAGGGAGCAAAAUGAAGGACGGUUUACGCAUAUUGGUAUGAUAGCCAGAUUUGAUAAUAUUCUUGGGAAAGAAACUAUUCAUACUCUACAGUUUAUUACCACAGAAAUCACAUCAAUAUUUUGUGAUCCUACCUUGGUUGAUCGUAUUUCUUCCAUGUUGAACUACUUUCUUGUUCGUCUUGUGGGACCAAAUAAGAAAAACUUUAAGGUGAAAGAUCAGCAAGAUUAUGACUUUAAACCUGCAGAUUUGGUGUUAGAUAUAUGCAAGAUCUACAUCAACCUGGGGAAGAGUGAUGAGUUUUGUCUAGCAGUAUCCAGAGAUGGACGUUCUUACAGCUCUAACUUGUUUAACUUGGCUGAACAAGUGCUUGUACGUAUUGGAGGUGGAAUGCUUAUUGCAGAUCUUAUGCAAGUAGCAUCAAAGAUAGCUGAAUUAGGAGUUCAGCAAAACAAAGAAGAAGAGCUUUUUGCUGAUGGACCUGAGGAAUUUUAUGACCCUCUCCUCUCUACCUUAAUGACAGACCCAGUAAUACUGCCUUCAUCUAGGACUGUAAUUGACCGAGACACUAUAGCUAGACACUUACUUAGCGAUCAAACUGAUCCUUUCACUAAGGCUCCUCUUACAUUAGACCAAGUUAUACCAGAUGUGGAACUUAAAGAACGAAUUCAAGCUUGGAAAAGUGAGAGAAGAAGUCAGAAAGCAAGUGCGAGCUCUAGCCAAGAAAAUGCCAAUGAAAUGGCAUGAUGCCACAUUGUACCUCUUAAAUUAAAAGAAAUACCACCAUUUAUUUCAUUGUUUUUUAAAUUGUUUUGUUACUUGGGAAAUACUUUGUUCAUGUAUCCUAGUAAGAUGAAUGAUCCUAUCUAUUGUAGGUGAUAAAAUAAUUUUUAUUCACAUUUUCCAAUGAAAUUACUGUGAUAGUAAAAAGAAACUGUAUCUACUUGUCAGUAGAAGGCUUAUUGUAAUUUUCUACAUUUCCAUUACUACUUUGUUGCCACUUUUUGAUAUGCUGAUUUAUUAAAGAUUUCAGCUGGCAAACACUUGCAAGUGUUUACCAUUUUAUUUCUAUACUUGUUGGUGAUUUCCAGUUGGAAACUUGAAGUUAAA